GCUCGCAAUUGUCUCCUCGUCAACUCCACUCGCAUUCACGCGCCGCCUUAGAUAUUUCCGCACUCUCACUCUCUCCGUCUCUACUUCUAAUAGACAUCUGCGAAAAACCUUAUUCUGCAACUCUAUUUCUCCCUCAACAUCUUCGCCAAUGGCAUCGCUCUCCGCCGUCGACCGCAUUCUCCACUACUCCGUCGCUCGUCGCGACGACUCCGUCGUCGAUAAUUAUCACGGCGUUAGCGUCCCCGACCCCUACCGCUGGCUUGAGGAUCCUGAUUCGGCGGAGACGAGAGAGUUUGUUGAAAAGCAGAUGAAAUUGACCGAAUCCGUGCUCAAUACUUGCGAAACAAGAGAAAAGCUUCGUGAAAAGCUUACUAAAUUGUCUGAUUUCCCCAAGUACAAUGCUCCGUUUAGGGUUGGUGAUAGGUACUUUUACUUCCAUAAUACCGGUUUACAGCCGCAGACGGUUCUCUAUGUUCAGGAUAGUUUGGAAGGGAAACCUGAGGUUUUGCUCGACCCGAACACGUUAAGUGAUGAUGGAACUGUGGCGCUGAGUGAAUAUGCAGUUAGUGAGGAUGGGAAGUACUUGGCCUAUGGCACUAGUUCAAGUGGAAGUGAUUGGGUGACCAUUAAAGUUAUCAAGAUUGAUGAUAAGACAACUGAGCCUGAUGUCGUUUCAUGGGUUAAGUUUUCGGGUAUUAGUUGGACGCAUGAUGGCAAGGGUUUUUUCUACAGCCGUUAUCCAGCUCCUAAAGAUGGAGAGAAUUUAGAUGCAGGCACAGAGACCCAUUCCAACUUAAACCAAGAAGUGUAUUAUCAUUUCUUGGGUACCAAUCAGUCUGAAGAUAUCUUAUGUUGGAGGGAUCAUGAUAAUCCCAAACAUUCACAUUCUGCUUCAGUCACGGAAGAUGGGAAGUAUGUUCUUUUGUACAUUGGAGAAAGUUGUGACCCAGUCAACAAGGUUUAUUACUGUGAUCUAUCAUUGCUCUCUAAAGGACUUGAAGGUUGUAGGGGGAAAGAGGAGUUGCUACCUUUCGUAAAGCUUGUUGAUAACUUUGAUGCUUCCUAUCACUAUGUUGCAAAUGACGAGACUGUUUUCACCUUCCUCACAAAUAAAGAUGCUCCAAGAUACAAACUUGUACGAGUUGAUCUAAAAGAACCUAAUUCCUGGACUGUUGUACUUCAAGAAGAUAAAAAGGACGUGCUUGAAUCUGCCUCAGCUGUAAGUGGCAAUCGGAUAGUUGUGAAUUAUUUAAGCGAUGUGAAAAAUGUUUUGCAAAUAAGGGACCUGAAAACAGGUGACCUGUUGCACCAUUUACCACUUGAUAUUGGAACUGUAUCUGAAAUUUCUGCUCGACGCAAAGACAGCAUAAUCUUUAUUGGAUUUACAAGCUUCCUAGUCCCUGGAAUUAUAUAUAUGUGCAAGUUGGAAGGUGAUGUACCAGACAUGAAAGUCUUCAGAGAAAUAGUGGUCCCCGGCUUUGACAGGACCGAAUUUGAAGCCAAUCAGGUUUUUGUCACCAGUAAAGAUGGUACUAAAAUCCCAAUCUUUGUAGUGGCUAGAAAGGGUCUUCGCCUGGAUGGUUCACAUCCUUGCUUACUUUAUGGAUAUGGUGGAUUUAAUAUCAGUAUUACCCCAUACUUUUCUGCCAGUCGUAUUCUGAUUACAAAGCAUUUAGAUUUAGUCUUUUGCAUCGCAAACAUACGCGGAGGAGGAGAGUAUGGAGAAGAAUGGCAUAAAGCUGGUUCCCUUGCAAAGAAGCAGAACUGCUUUGAUGAUUUUAUAUCAGCUGCUGAGUAUCUUAUAUCUGCUGGUUACACACAGCCCGCGAAGUUAUGCAUUGAAGGUGGUAGCAAUGGAGGACUUCUUGUUGGGGCUUGUAUCAAUCAAAGACCUGAUCUUUUCGGCUGUGCUCUUGCUCAUGUUGGUGUUAUGGACAUGUUGAGGUUUCACAAGUUUACUAUUGGCCAUGCGUGGACGUCAGACUAUGGCUGUUCCGAUAAGGAGGAAGAGUUCCACUGGCAAAUUAAGUACUCACCCCUGCAUAAUGUGAGGAGACCUUGGGAUAAGCCAUCUGAUAAGGCCAUUCAGUAUCCAUCCACUAUGUUAUUGACGGCUGACCAUGAUGAUCGCGUUGUCCCACUGCACUCACUGAAGUUAUUAGCGACAAUGCAACAUGAACUAUGCACAAGCAUAGAGAAGAGCCCUCAAACGAACCCAAUUAUCGGGCGGAUAGAGCAGAAAGCUGGGCAUGGAGCUGGAAUGCCAACUCAGAAAAUUAUUGAUGAAGCUGCGGAUAGAUAUGCAUUCAUGGCGAAGGUGGUCGAUGCAACCUGGACAGACUAGACAAAGCCAAUUUGACACUAGGUGCAGAAUCACAUUUUAUUUCUUACUAUUAUUCUGCUUCAUUUAAAUGGACAGAUGAUUGCAUUUCUAGUAUUGAGACAUUUAAUAAUUUAUCUAUGUCUGGUCUUCGUUCCAGACAAAUGCUUCCACAUUGCAUUUUAAAGAGAGAUAAGCUUGUUUUCUCCA